UAAAAACAGAGCCGUGAAGGAGCUGGGUACUAGGACGAACCAAUGACAAGCCCUAUUCAUCCUCUACCCCGCCCACCCUCGCCGGAGGUCAAAAGCCGUGGUCAGUUGCUUUGUAUCCUGUGCCGUGAGCCGAAAGGCUUCAGGUGGGCCGUGGUUGUUGCGCUCGCCCACUCGCUGCCCACAUGGCCCUGAGAGGCGUCUACGCGCGGCUACUGAGCCGCGGACCCGACCUGCGCGUCCUUCGCUCAUGGAGCUCAGCGGCGGCGCAGACGGAGAAGGGCGGGAAGACGCAGAGCCAAACAGCCAAGUCCUUGCGGCCAGAGUUUGACUGGAGAGACCCACUAUUGUUGGAGGAGCAGCUGACAGCAGAUGAGAUCCUCAUCAGGGACAGCUUCCGCACCUACUGCCAGGAGCGCCUCAUGCCCCGCAUCCUGCUGGCCAAUCGCAACGAAGUUUUUCACCGGGAGGUCAUCUCAGAGAUGGGGGAGCUUGGUGUGCUGGGCUCCACUAUCAAAGGGUAUGGCUGUGCUGGAGUCUCAUCUGUGGCCUUUGGGCUUCUGGCCCGAGAGCUGGAGAGGGUGGACAGUGGCUACAGAUCAGCGAUGAGUGUCCAGUCCUCCCUUGUCAUGUACCCUAUCUACGCAUACGGCAGUGAGGAGCAGCAGCAGAAGUACCUGCCCCGGCUGGCCAAGGGGGAGCUCCUGGGCUGCUUCGGGCUCACAGAACCCAACCAUGGGAGUGACCCUGGCAGCAUGGAGACCAGAGCCCGCCACAACCCAUCCAGCAGGAGCUACACCCUCAAUGGGACCAAGACCUGGAUCACCAACUCGCCUGUGGCUGACUUGUUUGUAGUGUGGGCUCGGUGUGAAGAUGGUUGCAUUCGGGGCUUCCUGCUAGAGAAGGGGAUGCGGGGCCUCUCGGCCCCCAAGAUCGAGGGCAAGUUCUCUCUGCGGGCCUCAGCCACGGGUAUGGUUAUCAUGGAUGAUGUGGAGGUGCCAGAGGAGAAUGUGCUGCCCAAGGCAUCUGGUCUGUCGGGUCCCUUUGGCUGCCUAAACAAUGCCCGCUACGGCAUCACCUGGGGCGUGCUUGGAGCCGCCGAGUUCUGCUUGCACACGGCCCGGCAGUACACCCUGGACAGGAUCCAGUUUGGUGUCCCACUGGCCAAGAACCAACUGAUUCAGAAGAAGCUGGCAGACAUGCUCACUGAGAUCACACUGGGCCUUCAAGCCUGUCUGCGACUUGGCCGCUUGAAGGAUCAAGACAAGGCCACCCCAGAAAUGGUCUCCUUGCUAAAGAGAAAUAACUGUGGGAAGGCCCUGGACAUUGCCCGCCAGGCCCGAGACAUGCUCGGGGGGAAUGGGAUUUCUGACGAGUAUCACGUGAUCCGGCAUGUCAUGAACCUGGAGUCUGUGAACACUUACGAAGGCACUCAUGAUAUUCAUGCUCUGAUACUCGGAAGGGCGAUCACAGGGAUCCAGGCGUUCAUGGCCAGCAAGUGAACACACUUCACCCGGGAGCCUGGGUGGUACCAAGCUCCUUCCCAGGGAGAUGCUGUGCUCUGAGCUGAGCCAGAGAGGUGGCAGAUGGAGCCAAUUCUUAUGGUGGGAAGUGAGAGACACUGAUUUUUAAAUAUCAAAAUUUCCCUUUUGAAGUCAUUCAAAUGUGUUCCUUAAAAAGAAGAGGGGACUCUCUGUACUGAGUUUCUCAAGCCACUUUUCACUAUGGAUGGGAACAGACUCACUAACCUUGGAACAGAAGCUUCUCUUGACAGGGUAUCAGGGAGAGGGAACGAGAGUGACACGGAGGCAACUUGUGAGACCCACCUGGUGUCUGCCUAAGCAAACUACCCCCCCAAUACACACCCCAAGAGUUCACUGUGCGCCCUCUGACCCUCUCAUGUGGGGUAAGUGCCUUAUGCUGGACGUUGGAGCAGAGCAAAGGGGAAGGAGAGAUAAUAAAGUCUGCAUGCUUGA